AUGCCCGUCGCCAAGAUGUCGGACAUCAAAUUCACUGUUGGCUGGGUGGUUGCUCUCCCCUCAGAGCUUACUGCCUCCAGUCUCUUCCUCGAAGAGGAGUACGAGCUGGACCACCACGCUGAGGGCGACGAUAACGUAUAUAUAUUCGGCUCCAUAGGCAAGCACAACAUAGUCAUGGCCGCACCAACCAUGGGCAGGACUGGCAACAGCCCAGCGGCGCACCUUGUCGGCAAUAUGGUGCGCAGCUUCCCGGACCUGCGCUUCGUGCUGAUGGUUGGCAUCGCCGGUGGCGCACCGAGCCAGAAGCACGACGUUCGUCUAGGCGACGUGGUCGUCAGCGUUCCUUGCGACGGUGCCGGUGGCGUUUACCAGUACGACUAUGGUGUGUGUAAGCAGAAAGGGGCGUUCGAGGUAUAUGGGCACUUGAACGCGCCACCUACUUGCGUACUCAACGCUGUUGCAAAGCUCACCCGCAACUACGAGAAGAACGGUGUCGACUUGCGUGCCCAAGUUGACGGGGUACUUGAGAGCUACGCCCAUCUUCGAGAGAAGUACGCUCGUCCCCAGACUGACGACGUGCUGUACAAGGCCAAAUACACGCAUCCAAAGAUUGAAUGUCGCUCCAAGCCAGAAGUCUUGGAUAUGACGGAUGGCAGCGACUCUGAACACGACAGCAUCGACUCGGAACCCGGCGAUAAGAACGAGUGCAGCGCAGUUUGCGAAGAGAAGUGGAUCAGAAAAAGAAAGGACCGCACUCCCGACAAGAAUGCCACCGUCAUACAUUAUGGGCUGAUUGCCUCUGGCAACAGCAAGGUCGAGGAUGCAAACUUUCGGGACAAGCACGCAAAGGAAAAUAACAUACUCUGUUUCGAGAUGGAGGCAGCUGGAAUCAUGAACAGAUUCCCCUGCAUAGUGAUACGCGGCAUCUGUGACUACUGCGAUACCCACAUCAAUAAGAAGUGGCAAGGCUAUGCGGCCAUGGUGGCUGCUGCAUAUGCGAGGGAUCUUUUGCAGGCUAUACCUGCAACGAGUGUUGCACGGGAACGGAAGCUCGCGGCAGAUUAUCAGAGGCUCGUGGCAGAGCUUGACAGUAUGCAAACGACAGUGAAAGAGGUUCGCCAACAAAACGAGAUCAUGAUGUUGAACCAGCACCAGGAGAAAGUUGUGGCCUGGCUGUCUGCCCCACCCACAUCCGUCAAUGCCGCCAACGCCAGACAGAAUCGACAUGAAGGAACUGGACAAUGGUUCCUUGACAGCCCCGAUUUCUGCGAUUGGAAGGAUUGGAAGGCAGCAUCCCGAAAAUGUCUCUGGUUGAAGGGCAUGCCAGGCAGCGGAAAGACUGUUCUUGUCACGAGAAUCAUCGAUCAUCUCGAGCAGCUACACCACGGUAAAGACGACUGCAUCACCAUCGGUUUCUUCUACGACUACAGUGACAAUGAGUUACAGAACGUGGAUGGUAUGGCACGAUCAUUCAGCACCCAAUUGUAUCGGCAGCUUUGUACACGAGGUGGCAACUUCUCCGCAGAGCUGGAAAGGCUGUACAACAAGUCGCUUCCCAGAGGAGAGAAACCGAGCGCGGUGGAUCUGGUACGUCCUCUCGGGGCAAUGUUCGGAGGGCCUCUGAAGGUUUACAUGGUUCUUGACGCAAUGGACGAGAGUAAAGAGAGGCAGCGACUCGUCGACUGGCUCAGAAAAUUCCUGGCGGCAAUAAAGAAUCAAGCCAGCGUCAAGUUGAUCAUGACAAGUCGCCCCGAGACGGAUUUCAACGGCCAGAUUCCCAGCCUGAUUGGCCGAAGCAAUUGUGUGGAAUUGGACAAGACCGCUGUCAAUGUCGAUAUAGGCACCUUCGUUGACUUCAGCAUCAAUAACGACGAUAUACCAAGCCUAAGCAAGUGGAAGAAGCUUCCGUUCAUCCAUCAAAGGAUUCGGGAUGAACUCUGCAGCAAAGCAGAUGGCAUGUUUCGCUGGGCAGCAUUGCAGCUCAAGGAAAUUGAACAUUGUUUCGACCUUGGUGAUGUUGAACGCGCUCUGGCCAACCUGCCCAAGGAUCUCAAUACUACGUAUUCGAGGACCCUCGAAAGACUUCCCGAACAUCACAAAGAAAAGGCAAUACGGCUACUACACUUUCUCCUCUAUGUUAAACGGCCACUUAGUCUGGAAGAAGCUGUGGAUAUCGUUGCAGUCCAAAUUGGCGGCGGAAGUGAUUCGGGUUUUCAUCCCGAUCGCAGGAUGCCCGAACCUACCGACAUUGUCAAGUUUUAUCCAGAUCUCGUUGCCAUCACCCACGAGAGAAAACCAUACAGACAUGAAACAAUAUGCAACAUUCAUUUGGCCCACUUCUCGGUCAAAGAAUACCUUCGGGAUCAAGCCGGCUUCUCUGAAGGGGAAGCCGCUGUAAACAUCACUCGGACGUGUACAGCAUAUCUUUCCAGCACUUAUCAGCACGAUUUUCUACAAAAGUCUGCACAUCCACCACCCCCAUGCAAUUUUCCAUUUGAUGAUUACGCCCACAGUUUUCUCGGCUUUUAUGCACAUCUAGCUGAGCAGUUCUCAACAGACUGUGAUCCCAUCGAAGAAGUAUUAUUCUCUUUCCUUGAACGGCUCUCGACUAAUGGAUCUAAAUCUUAUUUUGGCGCAGCCCCUUUGGUUUGGGCAAGUCUUUACGGACUGGUCAAGACUUUGAGGCGCCUUUUGGCUGCUCGGCGGUGGGAUGUCAACCGAAAAUACUUCAGCAAACAUGAGGGGCGCAAUUACAACGGCACUAGUGCUUUGGCGGAUGCUUGUCGUGAGGGCCACGAGGGUGCUGUGAGACUGCUACUCGAGAACGGAGCGAGGCCGUGGAACGGUUCGAACUGGAACUACGAGCUCGCAAUUACCUCGGAUCAAGGUCAUAUCCAAAUACUGAAGCUGCUGGUGGAUCGAGGGGCGGACAUUACACACCCGGGAUUUAGGAAACGUCUUGGGCCACUCGAAAUUGCUUCAGGAAGAGGUCACCUUGACGUCGUCCGGUAUUUUCUUGGCCAAUUUGCUGCCGACAUCACAAAUGGCACGUCAUUAAACGAUGCAAUCAUGGCAGCUGCGUCUGCAUACAAUGAGGAUGAUAAUCACCAAGCGAACCUCAAGAUUGUUCAAGAGCUUGUCAGUGCAGGAGGGAGCAUUCACCACAUAAACGAAAGGCCCAUAUAUAGUCAUGGUACCACGCUUGCAGCAGCCUCGUGGGCAGAAAACUGGGCGCUCGUUCGUUAUUUGGUCGAACAAGGAUUUGAGAUAAACCAGAAUGCGGGUUCCUACGGCACAGGCGUGCUCACUGCCAUUUACUCUGGGAAUCUUGAAAUUGUUGAGUUCCUUUUGUUAAAUGGAGCGAAUGUAGAUGUUCGGGGUGGUAGAGCUUUGCGCUAUGCUUCAGAAAAGGGUUGGUUGGAAAUUGUCCAGCUUCUUUUGAAAUACGGAGCCAAUGUUAACGAUCGAGGAAAUUGGGGCGAAACAGCCUUGUACGAUGCCUCGAAAUACGGUCAUUUGGAAAUUGUCCAACUUCUUCUGAAAAACGGUGCCGAGGUUGACACCAGGGGAGGCAGAUAUGGUACAGCGUUGCUAGUUGCUUUGGCGGAAGCGCACCUCGACAUUUUCCAUCUUCUGCUAGAGAACGGAGCCAAGUUUAACUUCUGGGAAGAGGACUAUCUUGAGGUUCUGCUGACUGUUAUAGAAAAAGGGAGUUUGGAACUUGUCCAGCUUUUCUUGAACAACAGAGGCAAUGUUGGGAUCCCAGCAGGGGUAUAUGGUACAUUAUCGCGGGUUGCUACACGGAUAAGGGGCAGUGAAAUUUUCGAGUCGCUUCCGCGUAAGCAUUGGCAGCUAGACAUGCUGCAAGCUCUUUUACGCAUUGGGCAACCCUCGUACAGUUGGUCACGGCCAAGGUCGGUCAUCAAGAAGCGUCUAGGCUGGAGAGCAAACACGACAACCGCAUUGCACUCGCGGAACGCAAUCUCAAUCGAGAAGAGACUGGCACGCAUGGCGGUCAAGACUGCUGUACGCAAUUUGAAGAGGCACGCUCGGCACAAUCGCAAACGCGCCAGUCUGACGAACGGUGCACGGCAGGGUGCGCUACAACGGCGUUACAACUGGGGCCAAGAAAAGAACAGGUGGAAGCGAAUAAAGACGAGGAGAGUUUUUCGACGGGGCUUCCAUUUGCUUGGUACCGUGGCGGGAAAAAGGGGCCAAAAAUAGUUGAUCGUAGCGCCAACUAUGGAAAGGCUGCACUAUUGAGCGGCCAAGUAACAACACCACGCAGAUACGUUUUGACACUUAUCCCCAGCCAACCACUCCACCCAAAAAUGCCGCUGAAUUUGUAUGGGAAUGUAUUCCUUGUGCCUUGUUGUUUUUUGGGUAUUCUGGUGCCUAGUAGAUAAUCGGGGGCACUGUAUAACAUGGCCCUUGUCUUAUUUAAGUCCGAGAGACUUUUUCGCUCCGUCACCCAGUACCACUCACGGGACUCGCUUCGGGCACCUUGAAAAGAUGACCGGUCGACACACUUGUAUAGAUCUCCGAGCUCCUCCUGUCAUGACAUAGCGGUAGCAGCACGGUAUUGCAUCACAGCGAAGCGCCUUUUCAGUGCAACUUUACAGCCUGUCGACACCCAACAGCGCAUCUCAAUUUUCCUCAUUGCUUGGUGCGCUCCCGAAGUUUCCUGUUGUCAUAUCCCCGAGCUCCAACUCUUCGGGGCUUAUCCAGUAUCUGAGAAAAUACCCCUCGGCGGUGGCAGCGUAUCCUGCCUCCACAAAUUCCACACUUUCAAAGUCACCCAUCGGCUGGCGCAUCCACCAUCGACAGCCCUCCUCGUCGACCGACAACCAGAAUUUGUUGCUAUCCUUCUCAUUGAUGGCCCCAAACGUUCGCAACGGUAGUUUCCC